GGCGCCCAGCAAGUGGGUGUGGGUGCUCAGGCUUAUAAAGCCCCCAGUGCCCUGUGCCUGCAGACGUCACCAUGGACGGCACUGUGGAGGGUUCUGAGGCGGUGCAGAGAGCCACAGCACUCAUUGAGCAGCGUCUGGCAGAGGAGGAGGAGAAUGAGAAGCUGCGAGGAACCUCUCACAGGAAGCUGCCUAUGGACACGCUGGUGCUGGAGGAAGAAAAGCGCACUGGGGCCCAGAGCCAGGCUUUACAAAAGGUUAAGGGCCAAGAGCGUGUGCGCAAGACAUCCCUGGAUCUGAGGCGGGAGAUCAUCGAUGUGGGCGGGAUCCAGAACCUCAUCGAGCUGCGGAAGAAACGCAAGCAGAAGAAGCGAGAAGCUCUGGCCACUGCCCAGGAGCCACCUCCAGAGCUCGAAGAGAUCAGUGGCCCGGUGGAUAAGGAGAUGUUCCUGAAAGCAGCAGUGGAAGGGAAAAUGAAGGUCAUUGAGAAAUUCCUGGCAGAUGGGGGGUCAGCCGACACCUGUGAUGAGUUCCGGCGGACAGCACUGCACCGAGCCUCCUUGGAGGGCCACGUGGAGAUCCUGGAGAAGCUUCUGGGGUGUGCGGCUACUGUGGACUUCCAGGAUCGGCUGGACUGCACAGCCAUGCAUUGGGCCUGUCGUGGCGGCCACCUAGAGGUGUUAAAACUCCUACAAAGCCGAGGAGCAGACUCCAAUGUGAGGGAUAAGCUGCUGAGCACCCCUCUGCACGUGGCAGUGCGCACUGGGCAUGUGGAGAUUGUGGAACACUUUCUGUCCCUGGGCUUGGAUAUCAACGCUAGAGACAGAGAAGGAGACAGUGCCUUGCACGAUGCCGUGAGGCUCAACCGCUACAAAAUCAUCAAACUGCUGCUCCUUCACGGGGCUGACAUGAUGGCCAAGAACCUGGCAGGAAAGACCCCCACAGACCUGGUGCAGCUGUGGCAGGCAGAUACUCGGCAUGCCCUGGAGCACCCUGAGACGGAGACAGAGCAGCACGGGGUGGAGGGGCCUGAGAGUGGACCUGAGACUCCCCAGCAAGUGCCAGCCCAGUAAAGCCUGCUUCAGCCUGCCCAGCCAGACACCCGCCCGCUCCUGUGUGCAAGCAAGGAGGGUCCUAGCAUGACCCUCAGAACUGCCGCUCCUCUGCACAAUGCAGGAACGCCCACACAUGGGCACAAUAAA